AUCAGUUGAAGGCAGCACGCCAAAGGCAACGCACGCUAACUCUUACGUCUCGCUUUACGUUACUAACGGUAGAUUACGUUUCGACAGUGCUUACGUUUUCGUGUUCGUGUUCGUUUGUGUGUGUGUGUGUGUGCAUGUGUGUGUGUGAGCGAUUGUCAAGCAAAUUUUGGUCCAGUUCCAAUGCAAAGCGAGAAACGAUAAGCAAAAGACAAUUCAAAGCAGCUAAAGGAGCUGUCGCUGCAAAGAAGAGCAAGGACAGCCGUAAAACGACAACAACAACAACAAUAAUAAUAACAACAACAACAACAACAUCAACGUCGAGCACGACGACGAGGACAUUAACUUCAUUUACGUCUCGCCACAGUUGAAAUAAACGACUUUACGACACUGGCGGAUUUGCUAAAAAACUUACAAUCCUUGUGGCUAACGAGCUGGUUUGGCUCCAACAACAACAAUAGCACUAGCAACAGGAGCAACAAGAAGCAGACGCAACAGCAGCAGCAGCAGCAGCAGCGACGUCGAGACGGCUUCGGCAACGUCGAUGCUGGCGUUUACACGCUACAGCAGCCGCAUAAAUUUCCGCUUCAAUUGGACGUGUACGGCGGUAAUUGCAGCUUUGAUUACCAGCAACACGAGCUGCCAUCCGGACAUUACCAACAACAACAACAACAACAACAAGAGCAAUCAACACUUUUCAUACAACAACAAAAGCAACUGAAAAAUCGGUACAAAAGCCAGCGGGAGCAGUGGAGAAUUUCGGGAAUAUCCUCCAAUAUCAACGAGACGAGAUUUAUUGAAAGUUCAGCGGCCACAGCCCCAACAAUGGACGAUAUGGUUUACCAGUGCAGCAAUCAAAAUUCUAUUUACGUCCUCAAUGCCGGCUACAAUGCAGCAUAUGGCAACUUUGGAGCAACGGCAGCAGCAACAGGGCGUGAAAUGAAUGGCAGCAACAGCAGCAGCAGCAGCAACGGCAGCACCAGCAACGGCAGCAGGACAACGGGCAACAGGACAAACAAUUCAAUUGGGGCAAGUUGCUCGAGUGCCGCCUGCAGUUUGCAGCAUAAAUUCAAAAGUUUCGGCACAGCCAACGGGUCGUCAGCAACGGCAGCUGCCAUUGCAGCGGCAGCCGUCCAAGCGGCAGCAACAACAGCAACAGUUGCUGUUGUCACAGCAGCAGCAACAACAAAUCCGGUCGCUACAUCAAUGUCAACCGCAAUGUGUUCACCGGCAACGGCAGCGCUGCAGAAAUUGUUCAAUUGCAAUGUGGCUUCCAUCGGCGAUGUCUGCCAAAAUGUCAGCCACAGAAAUCAGCAGCACCAGAGCCACAAUAACAGCACCAACAGCAACAGCAGCAACAGCAGCAGCAGCAACAACAACAACAACAACAGCAACAAUUGCCCAGCUGGGAGUCAUAACAAUGGCUGCCUGUCAGCAGCGGGCUUGCAUAGAUGCCGCAGCGACACGCACGAGGGUGCAGCAGUUGCAGCAACAACAACAACAACAACAGCGGCAGCGGCAGCAGCAGCAGCAGCUGUUGGCGCUGUGGCCAACAGAAAAAAGUGCACCAAUGUCAAAUCAACGCUUAUUGCCAAGAAGACAAAGUUUCUCAAAUUUCUCGAAGAAGAAAAAUGGCGCAGCAACCAGCAGCAGCAGCAGCAGCAGCAGCAGCUGACACCGGAUGAAACGGAAGCUUGUGGCGCCACACAGCAGCCCAGCAGGGCCAACAGCAAUGAGGCGGAGCUCAACGGCGCAGCAGCCAUGUCGACGUCCAGUUCAGCGGCCGCAUCAUCAUCAUCAUCAGCAUCAUCAUUUGCGGCUCACUCAGCCAGCAAGGAUAACAACAGCAACAUGAAAAAUCACAGCAACAACAGCAACAGCAGUCAAACAGGAGCCGAGCAAAAUAAAUUGAACAAUUGGAGCAUGCAUAAUGAGAGCAACAACAAGUUAGCUGAAGCCGAACGGAUGUUGGAGAGUCAUAAACAACAACAACAACUGACUAACAACAGGUCCUCGAGCUAUGAACUGUACCAGGAGGCAGCAGAUAUACUAGGACUUAGCUGCAGCCUCUGUGAUAAUUGCCGUUGCUUAGAUUGCCAGAGCGGAUAUUUUGAUUGUGCCGAUGAUGAUGACGAAAGCUACUCGGAGCACUCAUUGAUGGAUGAAUACGAUGAAUAUGACUAUGGCUAUAGCUACGAGGAGCAAAUGCUACUGCUAGCCAAUGCGCAGCAACAAGCUGGACAGCAGCAGGAGCAGCAGGGGCAGCAGGAGCAAUCGCAGCUAGAGCUUUGCUAUGCCAUCGACUGCCAAGAGAAUUGCUGCAGCAAAAUUGCCGAGGAGCAGCAGCAGGAGCAGCAGCAGCAGGAGCAGCAGCAGCAGGAGCAGGAGCAGGAGCAGCAGGAGGAGCAAUUCAAAUCUUCUUCUGAGCAUCGUUUGGCCAUUGAUUUUGAUUUAAUUAAUGCAACCAGCAGCCAAGUGCUGGAAAAUUGUUCAACAUUCAACGAUUUAAGCUUAUUGGAUGCCGAGCAGCAAGUGGAGCCAUUUACGUAAAUUUCAGUUAGACGAGCGAUAAAUCAAUGGAAAAUAAAAAUAUAUAUGCAUACGUACACACACACAUACAUACAUAUAUAGCGAUACAGAACGUAAAU